AUGGCCGCCUACGGCGCCAUGCUGUAUCGGUACCCCCACGACGAGUACCUCGCCGCGCCCGGCGCGACGCCGUCGUCGGAGACCGACUGGCCGCCUGCCGCCGCCGCCGCCGGCGCUCAGGCCGCGGAGGCGCAAGGUGCGGCGGCGGCGGCGGAGCGGCACUACCGUGGCGUGCGGCGGCGGCCGUGGGGAAAGUGGGCGGCGGAGAUCCGGGACCCAAACAAGGCGGCGCGCGUCUGGCUGGGCACCUUCGACACCGCGGAGGCCGCCGCGGCCGCCUACGACGACGCCGCGCUCCGCUUCAAGGGCGCCAAGGCCAAGCUCAACUUCCCCGAGCGCGUCCGCGGCCGCACUGGCCAGGGCGGCUUCCUCGUCUCCCCCGCCGUGCCCGCCCCCGUGGCGGCGCCGUUCCCCGACCUGAUGCAGUACGCGCGGCUGCUCCGGAGCGCGGACGCCGCCGCCGCCGUGCCCAGCAUUGCAGCCAGCUGCAGCGCGGCGCCGACCUCGUCGUCAGCACCGGUGCAGAUCAUGGACUUCGCGACGCAGCGGUUCGUCGGUGUCCCGCCGCUGCCGACGCCGACCACGACGUCGCCUCCUAGUCCUCCUAGCACGUGGCCUCGCGGCGAGCACAGGAGCUAGCUCGUGUGUAUGCAUGGGUUGCGAUUACGGCCAUGAUUUUUCUCUCUCUUCUGUCGCAUGUCGCAUCAACUACGCGCGUUCUUGCAUGUCCUUGCAAGUAGCGGCUUGUUUAAUUUUUCCACGGGUGCGUGGCUAAAUUUCAUAGUAUUACCUCCGUCCUAUGAUAUAAA